CUCCCAUUAGUUUCCUUUUCUCAGUCAGUAAUCAGUUUCACUUUCCAGUUUCAAUUUCCUCCUCCCACUCCAUGUUCAUAUGUGACGUGCAAGCCUUUCUUUUAUAAGCAGUGAAUGCAAGGAUCACCCACAGCAAGCUAGGAAUCUGACACUGCCCCUCCUCAUUCUGAGAAAGCAAGAUCAGAGCAGCCUUGCAGACAGCUAGCUACCUGAAAAGCAAGUAAGACCGGACUACAUCACCCACCGGGCAAUCAACAUGAGUGAAAUGUCUAAAAAUGCCUUAAAAUCUUUCCUGCUGAAGUUGGAUUGCCACUUUACUUGGAAUCUGCAGAAGGAAGACAUCGUGCUACAUCACACAGAGGAGAGAAUUGAUGAACAGCUGGAAUAUCUGACCAUUAAAUCUAAAGUCACCCUUUAUAACUUACAGGCCUAUGUGAAACAUCUACGAGAUCAAAACGAAGAAGCUUUGGAAAGCUUAAAAACAGCUGAAGAAACGAUUCAAGAUGACUAUGCUGAUGAGAUAGAAAAGAGAAGCCUUGUGACCUGGGGAAACUAUGCCUGGAUCUAUUAUCACAUGGGCAGAUUCCCUGAUGCCCAGUCUUACCUGGACAAGGUGGAGGCAAGCUGUAAAAGGAUGUCCAGUCCCUUUCGCUAUAAGGUAGAGCUUCCUGAAAUUGAGUGUGAGAAAGGGUGGUCACUUCUCAAGUUUGGGGGGAGGUAUUAUGACAGGGCCAAAGCCUGUUUUGAAAAGGCCCUGGAGUCAGACCCUGAACACCCCGAAUUUAACACUGGAUUUGCCAUUGUCAUGUACCGAAUGGAUGACUUUCAUAGAGAUGGUGGCCAUAGUAAAAGCCUUUCUCUGGGCCCCCUGAGGAAGGCACUUAAUCUGAAUCCAGAAAGUACAUUUGUUAAGGUUCUCCUGGCACUAAAGCUUCAGGACAUAGGGGAGAAAUUUGAAGGAGAAAAGUAUAUUAAAGAAGCCCUUGAAGAGUUAACAUCCGAACCCUAUGUCCUUCGCUACGCAGCAAAAUUUUACCGGCGAGAAGACAAGCCAGAGAGGGCUCUUGAGCUCUUAAAAAAGGCGUUAACCCUGGCACCCACCUCUGCUUUCCUGCAUCACCAAAUGGGACUUUGUUACAGGGCACAAAUGAUCCAAAUCAAGAAGGCCACACGGAACAAGCCUAGGGGAAAGGACAAGCAGAAAAUAGAGAAACUAAUCCGGUUUGCCAUAUUUCAUUUUGAAACAGCCAUCCGAGAGAAAUCUCUGUUUGUGUUUGCUCACUUGGACCUGGCCGGCAUGUACUCUGAAGAAGGUCAGCUUGGAAAGGCGGAGGACAUUUUUCAAAAAGGGCUGGAGAUCGAACACGUCAGAGAAGAGGAAAAGCAACAAGCCCAUUUCAAAUAUGGCCGCUUCCUGGAAUUUCACAAGAGAGAUGGAGAGCUUGCCAUGCACCAUUAUAUAGAAGGGAUAAAGGCCAAUCCCAAGUUUUGCCAUGUGCUUGUAGGGGCUUUGCAGAAUUUAGCUCUCAGGCGACUGAAUCAGAAUUCUUUAGAUGCAAAGAGUUUGGGGGCCCUUGGCUUCAUUCACCAACUAAACGGGGAGAAGAAAGAAGCAAUAGGGUAUUAUGAAAGAGCUUUAAAACAGGAUCCUAAUAAUAGUGAAUAUAUCAGUGCUCUGUUAGAGCUGGGCCUUUCCAUUUAAAAUCCCACAUUUCAGAGUAUUUUUAUUUUUCAUUAUUAAGAAAUUUCAACCACCCCCCCCCAAAAAAGAAAAAAAUUUCAACCGUUUAUGGGGGUUUUUUUUGGGUUGUUGUUUGUUUUUUUGGCGGGGGGGGGGGGGUUGGU